ACAUCCCUUCGUGUGUGUGUGUGUGUGGGGACUGUGGUGUGGAUUGCUCCGUUCUGGGUUCUGCUCCGUUCGUUUCUGCUCCACAGCGCGAAUAUUUCCUUUUUAUCGUGCACACAAUGACAAUGAAUACGAAGGAAAAGGAGAAAUACAUCGAGGAGUUCGAUUUUCCAUAUUGCGACGAAUCCACUAAAUAUGAAAAAGUUGCGAAAAUCGGCCAAGGAACCUUCGGAGAAGUAUUUAAGGCAAAGGAUAAGAAAACAAAUAAGAAGUUUGUUGCGAUGAAAAAGGUAUUAAUGGACAAUGAGAAGGAAGGAUUUCCCAUUACGGCAUUACGAGAAAUAAAGAUAUUACAAUUAUUGAAACACGAGAAUGUAGUCAAUCUCAUAGAGAUUUGCAGGACACGGGCAACUCAGUACAAUCGACAUCGGUCUACCUUCUACUUGGUCUUUGAUUUCUGUGAACAUGACUUGGCUGGUUUGCUGUCAAAUGUAAAUGUGAAAUUUAGUUUAGGAGAGAUAAAAAAAGUUAUGCAACAGUUACUGAAUGGUCUUUAUUAUAUACAUAGCAAUAAGAUUUUACAUAGAGAUAUGAAAGCCGCUAAUGUUUUAAUAACAAAAAAUGGCGUGUUGAAGUUAGCCGAUUUUGGUUUAGCACGAGCAUUUAGUGCAAAAAAUGGCCAUUCAAAUCGUUAUACGAAUAGAGUUGUUACUCUUUGGUAUCGACCACCAGAACUUCUUCUCGGUGACAGAAAUUAUGGACCUCCUGUCGAUUUGUGGGGUGCUGGUUGUAUAAUGGCAGAAAUGUGGACGAGGUCUCCUAUAAUGCAAGGAAAUACUGAACAACAACAACUGAUAUUGAUCUCGCAAUUGUGUGGCUCGAUAACUACCGAGGUGUGGCCUGGUGUUGAAAAUCUCGAUCUAUUUACCAAAAUGGAUCUUCCUAAAGGGCAAAAAAGAAAGGUGAAAGAUAGACUAAAGCCAUAUCUCAAGGAUGCUUAUGCCUGUGACUUGCUGGAUAAACUUUUAAUACUCGACCCUAGCAAAAGAUGUGAUUCUGAUUCCGCAUUAAAUCAUGAUUUCUUUUGGACCGAUCCAAUGCCAUGCGAUCUCAGUAAGAUGCUUGCCCAGCAUACCCAGAGCAUGUUCGAAUACUUGGCACCACCGAGACGACCUGGUCAUAUGCGUCAUCCGCACCAUCAAGUACCUGGAGGACCAGCCAAACCUAGUUCUAGUAUGGCCGACAGUGGAUAUCAGGAUCGCGUCUUUUAACACAUUUCUUUCACUCGUCAUAUGUAUGUGUAUAUGUGUAAUAUAUUUUAUACACACAUGGAGUACAUUUUUUUAUAUAAAUGGCUAUUGUGUGUUAUGUAAUUCCAUCUCGUGACGUUACCAAGUUUUUAUACAAUUCUAACAUAGUAAUUAAAGUUAUUUUAUUUAAAA